GCAGUGGCUGCCGGGAAGGGGCCGCGGCCACGUGACCCGCCGCCAGUCACGUGAGGCGGCGGGCGGUAGCGCUGCCGUCUCGUCGCUGCCGCCAUGUCGUGUUUCCCGGAGCUCUAUUUUAACGUGGAUAACGGGUACCUGGAAGGGCUGGUGCGCGGCUUUAAAGCGGGGGUGCUCCGGCAAGGCGACUACGUGAACCUGGUGCAGUGCGAGAGCCUGGAGGACUUGAAACUGCACCUCCAGAGCACAGACUACGGCAACUUCCUGGCCAAUGAAGCCUCCCCGCUCACCGUGUCCGUCAUUGAUGACAAGCUGAAGGAGAAGAUGGUGGUGGAGUUCCGGCACAUGAGGAACCACGCCUAUGAGCCCCUGGCAAGUUUUCUGGACUUUAUCACGUACAGCUACAUGAUUGACAAUGUCAUUCUGCUGAUCACUGGGACUCUGCACCAGCGUUCCAUCUCCGAACUGGUGCCUAAGUGCCAUCCUCUGGGAAGUUUCGAACAGAUGGAAGCUGUGAACAUUGCUCAGACACCUGCAGAGCUCUACAAUGCAAUCUUGGUGGACACUCCCCUGGCUGCUUUCUUCCAAGACUGCAUAUCUGAACAGGAUCUGGAUGAAAUGAAUAUCGAAAUAAUUCGAAACACCCUGUAUAAGGCUUACCUGGAGUCCUUCUACAAGUUCUGCAAGACGCUGGGAGGUACCACGGCAGAUGCCAUGUGCCCAAUCCUGGAGUUUGAAGCUGACCGGAGGGCCUUCAUUAUCACCAUCAACUCAUUUGGUACUGAGCUGUCCAAGGAGGACCGAGCCAAGCUGUUCCCACACUGUGGCAAGCUCUACCCCGAGGGCCUGGCUCAGCUGGCCAGGGCAGAUGACUACGAGCAAGUCAAAAAUGUUGCUGACUACUACCCUGAGUACAAGCUGCUAUUUGAAGGGGCUGGCAGCAACCCUGGAGACAAAACCCUUGAAGACAGGUUCUUUGAGCACGAGGUAAAGCUGAACAAGCUGGCCUUCCUCAACCAGUUCCACUUUGGAGUCUUCUACGCCUUUGUGAAGCUGAAGGAGCAGGAGUGCCGCAACAUUGUGUGGAUCGCAGAGUGCAUCGCCCAGCGGCACCGAACCAAGAUCGACAACUACAUUCCCAUCUUCUAACUCUGCUCUGCUCCUGUCCAACACUCCCACCCCUGGAGUCUGGAGGGACCCCUAACUCCCUGAGUUGUUCCUUGCCCAGACUCCAGGGAUGUCCCAUCUUUGGAACUGGAUCGAAUGAGGAAACUGUACAGUUGCUAGUUAAAUUAUUCACAAGCUGGAGUUGUGUGUACUGUGAGACAUCCAGAGGGACCAGUGGUCCAGGCUUAGCCCUGUGCAGCAGGAGGGCCUCCUGUUGUGUAUGCAGUAGUCCCAGUGUUCCUGUACUGUUGCUGUGUACGCUUAUGCUCAUAGAGCUGCAGGGGGCUGCCUCUGGAGGGGGUCCCACUGCUGCAGAGGAAUGGGUCUAGUCUGCCAUGGCUGGGGGGCCCUCUGUCAGUGCUCUGCACGUCUCCUACUCAGUGUUGUUCCUGUGAGAAUGUGGUAGUUAGAAUGUGGUUUGUAGCGUAGCCAAUGCUGCUGUGCAAUCCCUGCAUCCCCUUGUAGUGAGUGAACCCUGACCUGGGAGAGACCAAGUAACCCUGGCCAGGACUGGAAUGGAGCCUGUGGGAAUGAGAGGGCAGAGCCAGAGUGCUUGUGGAGCACAGUCCUCCCACUCUGGCAGUGUUUGCACUCAUACAGCCUCUCUGUGUCUGCAGAAGCAGCUCUCAUCAGUCUCCCUGCUGCCGUGGACAGGGCUCCAUAAGCUGGCUGAGCUCCUUCCUCAGACCUGUGGAGACCCACAGCUUGCAGUUUACUGUCACAACCAUGCAAGAGCUGGGGCUCCUCUGGGCUCUGUGGAUGGUUAUGCACCCCUGUACCCCUACAGGGUAGACAUCCAGGCUUCUCCCUUGCAGAGGGUGGGUUGGCACUGCCAUGGAGCUCUAUUGCACAGCUGGCCUGGGGACAGAGGAGCCUUAGUCACCCUGGUGGGGGCAGGGAUGUCCCAGACCCCGCCCAUAUGUGGUCUGGGGUAGGAGCCAAGCCCUGGGCAUGGUGUGGCAGCCCUGCUCUUUGCUGCUCUGUACUGGCUAGUUCCUACUUGCACUUGAGUUCUGGGAGAUGUGCAAUGGCAGCAGACAAGCCUUGCUGGAGGGAAACAUGCUGGAUGCUGCUGGGAGGAAGGAUCAAUGGAGAGUGGCUCUGUCCCAGCUUGUGCUGUGGUCAACUCUGCAGUUUGUUUUCCUGUGAUCCCCUCCUCUCUACACCAAUAAAUAUCUGCCUACUGCACUGUA